UUAAGUCCAGCUGACACUGCUCCACCACCACCUUACACUAAAGUUAGCAAACAUGUUUUCAGUUUGGAGAAACCUACCUUUGAGCCGUACCUUCGCCACGGCAGCAGCAGUGGACUUCUGCGCCUUGCAGCCACGACAAACUUGGGCUCUUUGCAACAACGGACGAGGCCUUUGCGUAAAUCCAAACAGAAAGUGCUCAGGGAAACGCUACAAUGUACCACCGAGCGCCGAGUUUGUUUCCAGGGUGUCUGGGAUCCCCACCAUGGCUAAACUCCCUUACCAGGAGACCGCGGACGGGCUUGAUGCAGCGUUUGUUGGCGUCCCAAUCGAUACCGGCACCUCAAACCGACCUGGAGCAAGGUUUGGGCCACGGCAGAUCAGAGUCGAGUCUGCUAUGCUGAGGGCUUACAACAGCGGCACCAGGGCAGCACCUUAUGAGUCUCUUAUGGUUGCUGAUAUUGGGGAUGUGAAUGUUAAUGUGUUUGACCUGAAAGACACUUGCAAACGUAUCAGGGAGGUCUACAAAAAGAUCCUGGCCACUGGCUGCAUCCCACUAACUAUGGGUGGUGAUCACACAAUUGCUUAUCCAAUUCUGCAAGCUGUUGCUGAGAAACAUGGCCCUGUGGGUUUGAUCCAUGUGGAUGCUCAUGCUGACACCAGUGAUGUGAUAUUGGGGGAGAAAAUAGGCCAUGGGACUCCUUUCAGACGGUGUGUGGAGGAAGGGCUGCUGGACUGCAAGAGAGUGGUCCAGAUCGGCCUUCGGGGUUCAGGAUACUCUGCCGACUCGUAUGAAUGGAGUCGGGCACAGGGCUUCCGUGUGGUCCAAGUAGAAGAGUGUUGGUUCAAAUCUCUUGCGCCUCUAAUGGCUGAGGUCAGGAAUCAGAUGGGCAAAGGUCCAGUAUACCUCAGUUUUGACAUUGACGCUCUUGACCCCGGCUUUGCGCCUGGAACAGGCACACCUGAGAUUGCAGGGCUCACUCCCAUACAGGGUGUUGAGAUUAUUCGGGGAUGCCGUGGUCUGAACCUUGUUGGCUGUGAUCUAGUGGAGGUGUCUCCACCCUAUGACACCACAGGAAACACUGCAUUGACUGGGGCCAACCUUCUCUUUGAAAUGUUGUGUGUUCUCCCAAAAAUUAAGUACUACUGAUCAAUAUUGAGGACAGAGACUCAAAAGACACUGCUCAAAAAAAAUCAAAGGAACACUUUUUAAUCAGAGUAUAGGUCAUUAAUCACGUUCAGAUCUAUUGGGGUUAAAGAAAUUAACAGGUUUGCUAUGGGGGUAACAGUGAGACAGCACCCUGACACCCGGACUUUCAGACCACCUUGCUAGAGCAAUCCCAGCCUGUGCCUUUCACAGAUGAGAGAAGAUUCACCCUGAGCACAUGUGACAGAUGUGAAAGGUGUCUGGAGAAGCUGUGGAGAACACUAUGCUGCCUGUAACAUUUAGCAGGACCUGUUUGAUGGUGGGCCAGUGAUGGUCUGGGGAGGCCUAUCCAUGGAAGGAUGCACAGAUCUCUACAGGCUAGGCAUCAGCAUCCUGACUGCCAUUAAGUAUCAGGAUGAAAUCCUUGGACCCAUUGUCACCACCUACCUGGGUUCUGGGUUCCUCCUGGUGCGUGACAAGAGCCUGGCCUCAUGUGGCAAGAGUAUGCAGGCAGGUCCUGUUGGAGGAAGGAAUUGAUCAUUGACCUAGACCCCAAGCAUGGUGGGAGGCUAGGUCAGACAAGCCCCCAUGCUUGUCUGGCCUAAAUCCAGCAGAACACCUUUGGGACGUUAUGUUUCAGCUCAUCCAAUGCCCAAUGGCUGCACCUCAGACUGUCCAUGAGUCCAGCGCUGCCCUGGUCCAAAUCUGGGAGGAGAGCCCCAAUACAAGCCACAUGUGGGUCAUACAAACUGAGUACCAUUUUGAGUUACUGUAAUGAAAAUUUGGCAAAAUGGACUAGCCUGCAGCAUAAUUUAUUUUAUUAUUUAAAUUUUGGGGUGUCUUUGAAUUUAGCCUUUUG